AUGGCACCUCUUUCUACUACUAGCAAGCCUUCUCAAUACAAGCAAUCUUCUCGUAAGGGUAAGAAGGCAUGGAGAAAGAAUAUUGAUUUAACUGAUAUUGAAAAGUCUUUAGAGUCCAAAAGAGAUUUGGAAAUUACUCAUGGUAAAGCAGAUCUUGCAUCUGUUGAAGAUGAAGCUUUGUUCGCCGUUGACACUGAUGGUGAUAACGUUUUAAAACAAAAAUUGAUCAAGAGAAAACAAAUAAAGAAAAAUUUGAAGAGUACUGAAAUUUUAGAAUCUAUUAAGACCAACUCCAAAGUUUCUGUCUUAAAACAUCCAAAGGUUAUCUCAAACAAUGAAAAAUCCAAAAAGAAAGUACAAGGUGUAUCUAAAAAGGAAAUUACCAGGCUGAUGGCCAUGGCUGGUAAAGUUCAUGGUGAAUCUGGUUCAAAAACUAAAUUAGCUAAAGACGGUUUAGUCAAAUCUGGUUCAAAUGACUUAUGGGGUGAUGAAAAACCCUCUAAAAAGAAGAAAAAGAUCCAGUUACCUUCAGGUAUUAAACUAGACGUUUCAUCCAAAAAGGAAAUUCCAAAAGAAUUGUUAACGCAAUCAACUACAAGCUGGUCGUUACCUUCUGUCAAGCCAAAGACAUUGGAUAUUGAACCUGUAAAAGUCAAAGAAUACAAAGAAUUACCACAUUCAGGUAAGUCUUACAAUCCGAAUAGGUCAGAUUGGUCUGCUUUGUUAGAUAAAGAAUACAAGGAAGAAAAAGUCAGAGAAGAUAGACGAAUUGCAGUACAAGAAUACAGAGAACGUAUCAAGGAAUUGAUGUCUAAGCUUGAUGACAAUGAAGAAGAUUCUUCCGAUGAUGAUGAAGAAGAAGAAGAAACUUCAAAAACACCAGAAGAUGAAGAAGAACUAACAUCUCUUUCGGUUAAUAAUCCUGUUGAAAAUAAAAAGAAGACCAAAUAUCAAAGAAACAAAAUGAAGAGACACCAAGAAAAAGUUAGAUUACAAAGAGAGUUGAAGCUUCUAAGAUCACAAGUUAAAGGAUUAGAAAACUUAGAAGAAAUAGAAGAAGAGGUGGUAAUUGAUCAUCAAUUAAAGGAAACCUUGAAAGGUGAAGCAGCUAAAGUCGCUAAACCAAAUAAAAAGCACAAAUUGGGUACAAAGUUCACAGUCAUGGAAGAAAACUUAGAAGUAAAAUUCUCAGAUGAAUUAUCAGAUUCAUUAAGAAAAUUAAAGCCAGAAAGUCAUCUUCUAUAUGAUACUGUCAGAAAACUACAAAGUUCAGGUAAGAUCGAAUCUCGUAUUCCAGUUAAAAGAGGUAGAAGAUACAAGCAAAAGAUUACAGAAAAAUGGACAUACAAAGAUUUCAAAUAA